AUGUUCGACCCGUCUACAACUCCGAUUAUGCCGCUGCCAACUCCCACCUCGUCGGUGGGUCCUAUCCCCACAGUUAUCCCCGGCGUCACCCCGGUCUUCCAGGAAGUUCAUGAUGUGGGCAAGCGAACGCUGUGGGUUGUCACAGUGCUAAUGGGCCUAUCGUCCUUGGUAUUCUUUAGCCUCGGCGCCCGAGCUCCCUUGCCCAAGCGAGUCUUCCACACAGUAACCUCCCUAAUAACCACCAUCUCCUUCAUCACCUACCUCGCCCUAGCCACCGGCCAAGGUAUCACCUGGAUACACGCCGACAUAACCCAGCGCCACAAACAUGUCCCCGACACAACCCAGGAAUAUUUCCGCCAGGUGCUCUGGCUCCGCUACGUGAACUGGGCACUCACCACGCCCCUCUUCCUGGUGAAUCUCUCCCUGCUCUCCGGCCUGCCAGGCGCGAAUCUCGUCGCGGCCAUCGCGGCCGAUCUGGUCAUGUUGGCCACGGGCCUGUUAGGCUCCUUGGCCGGACAAACCCGCCAGCGAUGGGCGUGGCUUACCCUGAGCUGUAUCUCGUAUCUGACGGUCAUCCACCACGCGGGAUUCUACGCCGCGCACGCGGCGAGGAAUAAGGAUGCGCAGACGAGGAGGUUUUUCGGGUCGUAUGCUGCGACGGGGUUGGUCGUGUAUGCUCUGUAUCCGAUCUCACUUGCCUCUGGGGCUCUUGCACUCAAACUCAGCGUUGACACGGAGACUAUCCUCUUUGCGAUUAUGGAUGUCUUGAUGCAGGGGAUUUUGGGGUACUGGCUUGUGCUGGCGCAUGAUAGUGUGUCCGGAAUAACGCUUUAUGUGGACGGCUUUUGGGCGCAGGGGGUGGUCAAUGAGGGCACUAUUCGCAUCGCGGAUGAAGAAGAGGGGGCGUAG